ACAAAUUGUAUUUUUGUUCCUGUGUCAAAAAAGACUGCUAGCUGAUAACAGGCUACAGGAGCCGUCGGUGGCAUUCAGCUAUCGAGCAAACCAACUUUAUCAGAUGAAACUGACAACACAUUGGACUUUAAAACCUUUAAACGGCACGUUUCAUCUGAGGACCCCAUCGGAUAGCAGUUUCACAAGGGAAAGCUCUGAAGAAUAGCUAGAUAUCGAUAUUGCUCACCAAGCCCACCGCUAGCUUAGCCCUGUUUGAUAGCAACACUAGCAAGUCGACCGACACUACAGUGAGAAAUAGGUUUUGAUAACUUGUACAUUCUUUAAAAGUCUUAAUAAAUUUAGCAGUCUUGAUUGAUUGCAACUUUUAGAUCCGUUAUCGGUGGUUUCCGUCGGUCUCGUUGUGGAUCACCGGAUCGGUUGGGUAGCACUUAGCCAAGUUUUCUCAUUUGAGACUAAUUUGCUGGCUAUUAAAAAAACCCACACAGUUGGAAAUGAAUUCAAACGUGGAGAACUUGCCCCCUCAAGUGUUGAGACUGGUCUAUAAAGAGGUUUCUGCCUUGGCAGCAGACCCUCCGGAGGGGAUCAAGAUCUACCCCAGUGAAGAGGACAUCACAGAGCUGCACACUUCCAUUGAGGGCCCAGAAGGAACUCCGUAUGCGGGAGGGGUGUUCCGGAUGCGACUGGUCCUUGGAAAGGAUUUUCCUGCUGCACCUCCCAGGGGCUACUUCCUCACGAAGAUUUUCCAUCCUAAUGUUGGGCACAAGGGUGAGAUCUGUGUCAAUGUGCUGAAAAGAGACUGGAAGGCAGAGCUGGGUCUGAGACAUGUGUUGCUAACCAUCAAGUGCCUUCUGAUCCAUCCUAACCCAGAGUCGGCUCUGAACGAAGAGGCUGGGAGGUUACUUUUGGAGGACUAUAAGGAGUAUGCAUCUCGUGCUCACCUUCUAACAGAGAUCCAUGCUAUGGGAGGCACGUCGGGGGCCCUUCAAGAGCCCGCUGAUGGACCCCAACCCAAGAAGCAUGCAGGAGACCCAAACAAACGUGUAGCUGCGGCUGGUUUGGCAACAAAUGGUGUUGCCACCAACAAUUUAAGUAACAGCAGCUCCAGCGGCACAAGCAGUAACAACACUAAUAUAGUUGCGAAGAAGAAAACAGAUAAAAAACGAGCUCUGAGGAGGCUAUAAAAGAGAAUGAAUCUGUGCUUUUUGUGUACAUAUAAAUAUUGAUGUGUGCAGACCACCUUUUCUCCUCCUCAAACUGUCUUUCCAUUUUCAGGAUGGCACAUUCGUUUUGUCAUGCUCCUACCAGAUCACUCCUCUCAUUUUUGUUCCCUUGUCUCUUUCAACUUAUUCUCAGGACUUGAACUGUCCUUGUGACAAUUCUCUCUGUUUCGUUCACAAAAGGGGUUUGCUUCUGUGUUUCAGAAGGUUUACGAUUGUUUAGAGUAUGAAAACAGUAGUAAAACUUUUGACAAAGUUCAUUUGUGGCCUCCAAAAUUAUGUCAUGACCAUAAGCAGGAUUUCGGUGUGUACUGUCUGCACAGAAUUUAUAAUAUUUAGAUUCCAGGUGUGAUGGGACAGUUACUGUAAUUCUGUCCUACUGUAGUUGGACUGCACCCAUAAAGAUUUUCAUGAAGAAUAGUACAUUGCACAGGAUAUGAUCGUUGUGUGUGUUUGUGGUGAAAGAUACAAGAUCAGGAAUAACAGACAGGGAGUUAAAAUGUGGUCUGAAUAUUACUCGUGAAUAUUAUGUUUUUGUUUGAAUGUUUUUUGUGAGUGCAUAUUUGUGUGGUAUUAUUUUUGUUUAAAGUUUUUACUACAUUU